AUGGCCGAAAUUGACUUCCGAAGAAUCGACGUUGACCAGUACGAUCCCGACCGCUUUCUUGUCGAGUCUCUCGUCCCGCCACAACCCCCUGUGUCUCUCGACGAAAUCAAGCAACGCUCAGUUGCCGUCAAGCGUCUGUUGUCGCAGGGCGAUUACCAAGGCGCGCUGGAGACUGCGCUGCGCGACCCUCCCUAUGGCGGCUCUGCUGAGGUUAAGAAUGCGAACCUGCAGACUGUUCUCGACGUCCUGCUCACCCUCAAGUCUAACACCAUCACUCCCAUUAUCGAGGCCCUGACACCCGAGCUCCAGGAUAUUCUCAUCAAGUACAUUUACAAGGGCAUGGGGUCGCCGCUUGGCCAAACCCAUGGUAACGGUGUUGCACUGUUGCUGUGGUUCGAAAAGACCGUUGACAUUACCUCCCAGGGCGCCAUCAUCCGUUAUAUGUCCGACAGAAGAACUGUUUAA